AUGCGUGGAGAUUGCCCCACCGGUGCCUCACGGCCUGGUUCCCCACUGCCUCUGUCCCCUCUUGCCAGGACCUGCCGGGACGCCGCCAUGGAGGUGCGGGUACAGGAGGAGGUGCCGGCGGCGCAGCGCACAGGAGGCCACCACCCGGUGCGGGAAGGAGAGGUGUUCAACACGCGAUACCAGGCUCUGCGCGAGCUGGGCUGCGGGGCCUUUGCCACCGUCUGGCUGUGCCAGGACACGAGGAAGAAGAAGAACGUAGCUGUGAAGGUCCUGAAGAGCAGGGAGGGCUUUGCUGAGGCUGCCCAGGACGAGGUCUCUCUCCUCCGAUGCGUGAGCAGCAUGAAGAGGAAGGACCGGGCAGGAGAAAACAUUGUCUGUUUUUUAGAUGACUUCAGAAUGAUCGGAGAGAACGGCUUUCAUAUGUGCUUGGUAUUUGAGGCCCUGGGUCCUUCCCUGCGAUGUCUGAUGUGUAACUAUGCAGCUCAGGGACUGCCUUUGCCUUUCGUGAAAAAAUCUUUACAGCAGGUGCUGGCAGGGCUGCACUUCCUGCACAGGCGCUGCCGGAUCAUCCACGCAGACAUCAAACCCGAGAACGUGCUGCUGUGCGUCCGUGACAAAGGGCUCCAAAGGCUGCUGUCCGACGCUGCCGACUGUGGACAGAGAAAGGAUUUGAGGUUAAAGGGAACAGGAGGUGAUCCUGGCAAUCAACUGGAAGAUUUUGAUUUAAUGAGCAUAGAAGUGAAAAUUGCAGAUCUGGGCAGCGCGUGCUGGACGUACAAGCCUUUUUCCAAGGAGAUUCAGACGCAGCCGUACCGUGCCCUGGAAGUGCUGCUCGGAUUAGACUACGGCACCCCUGCAGACAUCUGGAGCACGGGCUGCCUGGCAUUUGAAAUGGCAACAGGGGAGUGUCUGUUUGAUCCUCAACCUGGGAAAUAUUUCUCCAGAGAUGAUGAUCAUGUUGCUCGUAUUAUUGAACUCCUGGGAAGAAUUCCUCCCCGCAUUGCUUUCUCCUGGAACAAGUCAACGAAGUUUUUCAGCAGGCCAGGCGCUCUCCUGCGGAUCUCCAGGCUCUCCCCCUGCAGCCUCCACACCGUGCUGGUGGACAGGUACAAGUGGAGAAAGCACGAGGCCGCCCCCUUGACCAGCUUCCUCCUGUCAGCGCUGCGGUACGCCCCCGAGCACCGCGCCACGGCCGCGCAGUGCCUGCAGCACGCCUGGCUCCACUCCCCGUCAGCGGCCCCGGGCGGCCUCCCCCCGGCCCCGGGCCGCCCUGCCCCGCUGCGGCCGCCGCUCGGGAGCCCCCCGAGGUGA